AUGGCUAUGGUCUGUAUUGUUCUUGGUACCAAUCCUCCGAUUGCAGUUUUUGAAGGGUUCAUUAGAAGAAUGUGGGGCAAACUCGACAUUGAAAAGGUGGCUAGGAUGAAUGCAAGGUUUACGAUUGUUAAGUUUCGGGAUACAACUAUUAGGGAUUUGGUCUUAGAAUCUGGUGUGGUUCACUUUGAUUGGAAGCCUGUCAUUUUGAGGCCUUGGUCGACUAACAUUGAUACCCCGAGGUUAGUGAAAUCGAUUCCUGUUUGGAUUAGAUUACAUGACUUAGGGCUGCAAUAUUGGGGUACUAAAUGUUUGAGUGCACUUGUGAGUACCAUUGGUAGACCUAUGAUGAUGGAUAGGAUUACUAAUGAUAGAUCUAUGGUAAAGUUUGCAAGAGUGCUUGUGGAUGUUGAAAUAACUGAGCAGCUACCUCACAGUAUAAGCUUUCUGAAUGAAAGAGGACAAUUGGUAGAGCAGGCUAUUGAGUUUGAAUGGUUGCCUACUAGAUGUUCGACAUGUAAAAACUUAGGGCAUGUUGCUUCAGGUUGUAAGAGGGAGCAGAGAUCAGUUUGGAAGGCAAAGGUGGAACAAAUAGAUUUAGUGGAGGAGGUGGGUGCGCAUAAACAGAAGGAUUUGGACCCAGGUACUGAUAAGUUGACCAAGAUCUCCUAUGAUACUGAGAUAGGUUUGGCAUCCCAAUCAGCUCAUGUGAAGAUGACUAGUUUCUCCACUGAAGAUCAAGAAUAG